AAAAAAGAAAAGAAAAAAAAAAAAAAAAGAGAAAAAGAAAAGUACUGGAAAAAGGGCAAAAAGGAAAAGAAAUGAAAGAACCUUAUUCAUCUUAAGCUGUCCUGCUCAUCCACUAAUACCAGUGAAACAGUGAAAGCAAAAACAGAAAGAACCAAAAAAAAAAAAAUAUAUAGAAAUGCAGGAAACAAUAGUACUCUAUGCAGCACCAGGAAUGGGGCAUAUCAUCGCCAUGGUAGAGCUUGGCAAGCUCAUCCUCCACCACUAUUCCCACAGAUUCUCCAUAACCAUCCUCCUCACAAAGGGUUUCUUAGACACCCCCGCCGUCUCCACCUACAUCCAACAUGUCUCUCAAUCCAACCCUUCAAUCUGCUUCCACCAAUUCCCCUUCCUAUCCCUCCAAAACUUCCAGAGCCUAAGCAUCGCCGCCACGGGCGGCGAGUUCAUCCGCCAGAAUCUCCCCAACGCCCGCGAUUCCCUCCGCCAGAUCUCUGAAACCUCCACCGUCCGAGCCUUCGUCAUCGACCUCUUCUGCACCUCCGCUCUCUGUCUUGGCGAAGAAUUCCGAAUCCCCACUUUUUAUUUCUUCACUUCCGGCGCUGCGGCUCUCGCGGCGUUUCUUUACCUUCCGAAAAUCCAUGAACAGACGGACAAGAGCUUCAAGGAUCUCGCCGAUACGGUUUUUCGAUUUCCUGGUUUGCCUCCUUUAAGAGCCACACACAUGCCGGAACCGAUACUUGAUAGAGAUGACCCGGCUUACUGGGAUUUCUUGGAAAAUUCUAUAAAUUUACCAAAAGCAAAUGGGAUUGUUACCAACACAUUUGAUGGGUUGGAGCCGAUUUCAAUGAAGGCCAUCGCUGAUGGUCUCUGCGUCCCGGACGGACCAACUCCUCCGGUGUACUAUGUCGGACCUUUGAUUGCCUCCCCCGAUGGUAGAUCCGGCGGCGAGGAAGAAGAAAAUUUAGACUAUAUGUCAUGGCUGGAUGAGCAGCCAAGCCGAAGCGUGGUUUUCUUGUGUUUCGGAAGUAGAGGAUCGUUUUCGGAACUGCAAUUGAAAGACAUCGCAAAGGGGUUGGAAAAGAGCGGGCAGAGAUUCUUGUGGGUAGUUAAGAAACCCACCAUGGAUGAGAAAUCGAAGCAGAACCGAGAAUCGUAUGGGGAUUUCGAUCUGGGCAAUGUGUUGCCGGGGGGAUUCGCAGUGAGGAACAGAGGUAGGGGGAUGGUGGUGAAGUCUUGGGUUCCGCAGGCGGAAAUUCUGAAGAAGGAAUCGGUGGGUGGCUUCGUGACUCACUGCGGGUGGAACUCGGUGCUCGAAUCGGUUGUCGCCGGCGUGCCGAUGGUAGCGUGGCCGCUUUACGCCGAGCAACAUCUGAACAGGAAUGUUCUGGUUGAGGACAUUGCAGUGGCGGUUGCUGUGGAGCAGAGGGAAGGAGAUGGGUUUGUGAGUGGGGAUGAGUUGGAGAAGCGAGUCAGAGAGUUGAUGGAAUCGGAGAAAGGCAGAGAGUUGAGGGAAAGGAGCAAGAAGAUGAAGGAAAUGGCUUUGGGUGCUCUCGGAGAAUUUGGGUCCUCAACUUUGGCUCUGAAAAGGUUUAUUGCUGCUAUAGAAUGAAUGAUUCUCUUGUAAGAUAUAAUUUGAAUAAUUUCAGUUUUUUUUUUUUUUUUUUUUUUUGGAAGUUUCCUUUUUUUUACAAGAAAAUUUCACAGUUUCUUGAUAAUGAUUUUAAGGACGACGAUUUAAUGAUUA